AUGGCUGCCACCAGGAUCUUGGCCUGGGUGGUGCUGGUAAUUCUUCACAUUCAGGUGGAUGCAGUUCCAAUCAUAGCUGAUGAGAUCUCUCUGAGGCUGGGCGAUGGCCCCAACAGCUGCGCAGGCAAUGUGGAGAUCUACUUCUUUGGAAGCUGGGAGAAGGUGUGUGGCUACCUGUGGGACAUGCAGGAUGCCCAGGUGGUGUGCAGGCAGCUGGGCUGUGGCUUCCCUCUGACAAUCAUGUACCCCUUCCCUCCGAGCAACUCGUACUCCUCCUACACCUUUACUGAGGUGAACUGCAUGGGCAAUGAGAACCUCCUGUGGCACUGCCCCUACGAAUACCAGUACACUGACUGUCACCAUGGGCCUGCUUCUGUCCUGUGCUCAGGGAGCUUCUCCUGUGGUGGCUUACUUCAGGGAUUGUCUGGCACCCUCCAGAGCCCGGGAUACCCCAACUCCUACCCCGACAACUCCUACUGCGUGUGGCACAUCCGGCUGCGGGACCCGGCCCGCAGGAUCCAGCUCCAGUUUACGGAUGUGGAGCUGGAGGGCAACAGCUGCUCCUUCGAUGCCAUCGAGGUGUUUGAUGGAGGCUCCCUCCAGAGCUGGCUCCUGGGCCGUGUUUGCAGGAACGACCACCGCGUCUUCAACUCCUCCGGGAGCCAGCUCACCGUCCUGUUCCGCAGCGACGGCAGCGUCACCAGGAGGGGCUUCCACGCCUACUACUCCUCAUUUCUUGCCUUCAGCUCCACCCUGGAAGAUUAUUCUUGUGGUGGCUUUCUCUCCUCUUCAUCUGGUACCUUACAGAGCCCCUUUUACCCCAGAAAUUAUCCAAACAACGCCAACUGUGUGUGGGAAAUACAAGUAGAAAGCAACUUCCGUGUCACACUUACAUUUACAGAUAUUCAGAUGGAAGGUGGCAGAUGCCUCUCUGACUAUGUGGAAAUCUUCGACGGGCCCCUGCACACCUCUCCUGUCCUUGGGAAGAUUUGUUCUGGUUAUUACCCCACGUACACAUCGUCCUCCAACCUGCUGAGCGUCCGCUUCCACAGCGACUCCCGACACACCUACAGAGGGUUUCAGGCCAGCUAUCACUCCACUCCAGCUGAUGACAGCACCACACUGCUGUGUUUGCCAGACUACAUGCACGUGGUUGUGAGCAGAUACUUCCUUCAGUCCCACGGCUACUCUGCUUGGAACCUCACCCUGAAUGACCCCGUUUGCACGCCCAACAUCACAUCAAAUUCUGUGUCAUUCAACAUUCCAUACACUCGCUGUGGCACUGUCAGAGAGGGAAACAACGACACAAUCAGCUAUUCCAACACUAUUAGAGGGUCCUCUUCUGGUACAUUAAUCACAAGAAAUAGAAAUCUUCUCUUGCACGUCAACUGCAAGAUGCUCCAGAACACGUGGGCAAAAACGAUGUACGUCGCGGACGACAACUUUGAAGUCAACGAAACUCAGUAUGAGAGAUACGAUGUAAACCUCACAUUUUAUGACUCCUCAAGCUUCUCAAGGCCAGUGUAUGAAUCACCCUACCGUGUUGGCAUCAACCAGAAUUUGUUCCUGGAAGCUUCCCUGCACAGCUCUGACCCAUCGCUGGAGUUAUUUCUGGACACUUGUGUGGCAUCUCCCACUCGCCACAAUUUUACAACAAAAUCCUAUCCUAUAAUCAAGAAUGGGUGUGCCAAAGAUCCCACCUAUGCUACGUAUUACUCACCCUUCAGACACACCCUCCGGUUCAAAUUCAAUGCCUUCCAGUUCAUUCAGAGCAAUCCAGAGGUUUACCUGCAGUGUGAGCUGGUGGUGUGCAGGGCCUACGACUAUUCCUCCAGAUGCCACCAAGGCUGCCUCCAAAGGUCCAAGAGAGAGGCAAGCUCUGACCUAGAAAGUGUGAUUGUUGUUGCUGGCCCAAUACAGCUUUGGGAGCCUGAUUCUGAGAUGAUGGAUGGACCUGGGUCUGAGUAA